AUGUUGUCUCCUACUGUCUCCCACUGUCUCCCUCUGUCUCCUACUGUCUCCCACUGUCUCCCUCUGUCUCCUACUGUCUCCCUCUGUCUCCCACUGUCUCCCUCUGUCUCCUACUGUCUCCCACUGUCUCCCUCUGUCUCCUACUGUCUCCCACUGUCUCCCACUGUCUCUUACUGUCUCCUACUGUCUCCCACUGUCUCCCUCUGUCUCCCACUGUCUCCCACUGUCUCUUACUGUCUCCUACUGUCUCCCACUAUCUCCCACUGUCUCCUACUGUCUCCCACUGUCUCCCACGGUCUUCUACUGUCUCCUACUGUCUCCCACUGCCUCCUACUGUCUCCCACUGUCUCCUACUGUCUCCCUCUGUCUCCCACUGUCUCCCACUGUCUCCCUCUGUCUCCUGCUGUCUCCCACUAUCUCCUACUGUCUCCUACUGUCUCCCACUGUCUCCUACUGUCUCCCACUGUCUCCCUCUGUCUCCUACUGUCUCCUACUGUCUCCCACUGUCUCCCUCUGUCUCCUACUGUCUCCCUCUGUCUCCCACUGUCUCCCUCUGUCUCCUACUGUCUCCCACUGUCUCCCUCUGUCUCCUACUGUCUCCCACUGUCUCCCACUGUCUCUUACUGUCUCCUACUGUCUCCCACUGUCUCCCUCUGUCUCCCACUGUCUCCCACUGUCUCUUACUGUCUCCUACUGUCUCCCACUAUCUCCCACUGUCUCCUACUGUCUCCCACUGUCUCCCACGGUCUUCUACUGUCUCCUACUGUCUCCCACUGCCUCCUACUGUCUCCUACUGUCUCCAACUGUCUCCCUCUGUCUCCUACUGUCUCCCACUGUCUCCCUCUGUCUCCUGCUGUCUCCCACUAUCUCCUACUGUCUCCUACUGUCUCCCACUGUCUCCUACUGUCUCCCACUGUCUCCCUCUGUCUCCUACUGUCUCCUACUGUCUCCUACUGUCUCCAGCUGUCUCCUACUGUCUCCCACUGUCUCCUACUGUCUCCUACUGUCUCCUACUGUCUCCCACUGUCUCCCCCAUGUCCCCUACUAUCUUCUACUGUCUCCCACUGUCUCCCACUGCCUCCUACUGUCUCCUACUGUCUCCCACUGUCUCCCACUGUCUCCUACUGUCUCCCACUUUCUCCUACUGUCUCCAGCUGUCUCCUACUGUCUCCCACUGUCUCCUACUGUCUCCUACUGUCUCCUACUGUCUCCCUCUGUCUCCUACUGUCUCCCUCUGUCUCCUGCUGUCUCCUACUGUCUCCCUCUGUCUUCUACUGUCUCCCACUGUCUCCCCCUGUCCCCUACUGUCUCCUACUGUCUCCCACUGUCUCCUACUGUCUCCAGCUGUCUCCCACUGUCUCCUACUGUCUCCCUCUGUCUCCUACUGUCUCCCUCUGUCUCCUACUGUCUCCCUCUGUCUCCUACUGUCUCCUACUGUCUCCCACUGUCUCCAGCUGUCUCCUACUGUCUCCCACUGUCUCCUACUGUCUCCCUCUGUCUCCUACUGUCUCCCUCUGUCUCCUACUGUCUCCCUCUGUCUCCUACUGUCUCCUACUGUCUCCCACUGUCUCCUACUGUCUCCAGCUGUCUCCUACUGUCUCCCUCUGUCUUCUACUGUCUCCCACUGUCUCCCCCUGUCCCCUACUGUCUCCUACUGUCUCCCACUGUCUCCUACUGUCUCCAGCUGUCUCCCACUGUCUCCUACUGUCUCCCUCUGUCUCCUACUGUCUCCCUCUGUCUCCCACUGUCUCCCUCUGUCUCCUACUGUCUCCCACUGUCUCCCUCUGUCUCCUACUGUCUCCCACUGUCUCCCACUGUCUCUUACUGUCUCCCUCUGUCUCCCACUGUCUCCCUCUGUCUCCCACUGUCUCUUACUGUCUCCUACUGUCUCCCACUGUCUCCCACUGUCUCCUACUGUCUCCCACUGUCUCCCACGGUCUUCUACUGUCUCCUACUGUCUCCCACUGCCUCCUACUGUCUCCCACUGUCUCCUACUGUCUCCCUCUGUCUCCCACUGUCUCCCUCUGUCUCCUACUGUCUCCAACUGUCUCCCUCUGUCUCCCUCUGUCUCCUGCUGUCUCCCACUAUCUCCUACUGUCUCCUACUGUCUCCCACUGUCUCCUACUGUCUCCCACUGUCUCCCUCUGUCUCCUACUGUCUCCUACUGUCUCCUACUGUCUCCAGCUGUCUCCUACUGUCUCCCACUGUCUCCUACUGUCUCCUACUGUCUCCUACUGUCUCCUACUGUCUCCCACUGUCUCCCCCAUGUCCCCUACUAUCUUCUACUGUCUCCCACUGUCUCCCACUGCCUCCUACUGUCUCCUACUGUCUCCCACUGUCUCCCACUGUCUCCUACUGUCUCCCACUUUCUCCUACUGUCUCCAGCUGUCUCCUACUGUCUCCCACUGUCUCCUACUGUCUCCUACUGUCUCCUACUGUCUCCCUCUGUCUCCUACUGUCUCCCUCUGUCUCCUACUGUCUCCUACUGUCUCCCUCUGUCUUCUACUGUCUCCCACUGUCUCCCCCUGUCCCCUACUGUCUCCUACUGUCUCCCACUGUCUCCCACUGUCUCCCCCUGUCCCCUACUGUCUCCUACUGUCUCCCACUGUCUCCCACUGCCUCCUACUGUCUCCUACUGUCUCCCACUGUCUCCCACUGUCUCCUACUGUCUCCCACUUUCUCCUACUGUCUCCAGCUGUCUCCUACUGUCUCCCACUGUCUCCAGCUGUCUCCCACUGUCUCCUACUGUCUCCCUCUGUCUCCUACUGUCUCCCUCUGUCUCCUACUGUCUCCCUCUGUCUCCUACUGUCUCCUACUGUCUCCCACUGUCUCCUACUGUCUCCAGCUGUCUCCUACUGUCUCCCACUGUCUCCUACUGUCUCCUACUGUCUCCCUCUGUCUCCUACUGUCUCCCUCUGUCUCCUACUGUCUCCCACUGUCUCAUACUGUCUCCCUCUGUCUCAUACUGUCUCCCACUGUCUCCCACUGUCUCCUACUGUCUCCAGCUGUCUCCCACUGUCUCCUACUGUCUCCCUCUGUCUCCUACUGUCUCCUACUGUCUCCCACUGUCUCCUACUGUCUCCAGCUGUCUCCUACUGUCUCCCACUGUCUCCUACUGUCUCCUACUGUCUCCCUCUGUCUCCUACUGUCUCCCUCUGUCUCAUACUGUCUCCCUCUGUCUCAUACUGUCUCCCUCUGUCUCAUACUGUCUCCCUCUGUCUCCCACUGUCUCCCACUGUCUCCUACUGUCUCCCACUGUCUCCCUCUGUCUCCUACUGUCUCCCACUAUCCCCUACUGUCUCCUACUGUCUCCCAGUGUCUCCUACUGUCUCCCACUGUCUCCAGCUGUCUCCUACUGUCUCUCACUGUCUCCCACUGUCUCCUACUGUCUCCCACUGUCUCCCAUUGUCUCCCUCUGUCUCCCACUGUCUCCCUCUGUCUCCCUCUGUCUCCUACUGUCUCCUACUGUCUCCCACUGUCUCCUACUGUCUCCCACUGUCUCCCACUUUCUCCCUCUGUCUCCCACUGUCUUCUACUGUCUCCUACUGUCUCCUACUGUCUCCCACUGUCUCCUACUGUCUCCUACUGUCUCCCACUGUCUCCUACUGUCUCCCACUGUCUCCCACUGUCUCCCACUUUCUCCCUCUGUCUCCCACUGUCUCCUACUGUCUCCUACUGUCUCCAACUAUUCUCCCACUGUCUCCUACUGUCUCCCAUUGUCUCCCAUUGUCUCCCUCUGUCUCCCACUGUCUCCUACUGUCUCCAACUGUCUCCUACAGUCUCCCACUGUCUCCCACUAUCUCCUACUGUCUCCUACUGUCUCCUACUGUCUCCCACUGUCUCCCUCUGUCUCCUACUGUAUCCUACUGUCUCCCACUGUCUCCCACUGUCUCCUACUGUCUCCUACUGUCUCCCACUGCCUCCCUCUGUCUCCUACUGUCUCCCACUGUCUCCUACUGUCUCCUACUGUCUCCCACUGUCUCCCACUGUCUCCUACUGUCUCCCACUUUCUCCUACUGUCUCCUACUGUCUCCCUCUGUCUCCUACUGUCUCCCUCCGUCUCCUACUGUCUCCCUCCGUCUCCUACUGUCUCCCUCUGUCUCCUACUGUCUCCUACUGUCUUCCACUGUCUCCUACUCUCUCCAACUGUCUCCUACUGUCUCCCACUGUCUCCCACUGUCUCCUACUGUCUCCCACUGUCUCCCAUUGUCUCCUACUGUCUCCCACUGUCUCCCACUGUCUCCCUCUGUCUCCCACUGCCUCCCACUGUCUCCUACUGUCUCCUACUGUCUCCCACUGUCUCCCACUGUCUCCCACUGUCUCCUACUGUCUCCCACUGUCUCCUACUGUCUCCUACUGUCUCCCUCUGUCUCCUGUCUCCCUCUGUCUCCUACUGUCUCCUACUGUCUCCUACUGUCUCCCACUGUCUCCUACUGUCUCCUACUGUCUCCUACUGUCUCCCACUGUCUCCUACUGUCCCCUACUGUCUCCCUCUGUCUCCUACUGUCUCCCUCUGUCUCCUACUGUCUCCCACUGUCUCCUACUGUCCCCUACUGUCUCCCUCUGUCUCCUACUGUCUCCCUCUGUCUCCUACUGUCUCCCUCUGUCUCCUACUGUCUCCCACUGUCUCCUACUGUCCCCUACUGUCUCCCACUGUCUCCUACUGUCUCCCACUCUCUCCUACUGUCUCCCACUGUCUCCUACUCUCUCCCACUGUCUCCUACUGUCUCCCACUGUCUCCUACUGUCUCCAGCUGUCUCCUACUGUCUCCUACUGUCUCCUACUUUCUCCUACUGUCUCCUACUGUCUCCCACUGUCUCCCACUGUCUCCUACUGUCUCCCACUGUCUCCAGCUGUCUCCUACUGUCUCUCACUGUCUCCCACUGUCUCCUACUGUCUCCCACUGUCUCCCAUUGUCUCCCUCUGUCUCCCACUGUCUCCCUCUGUCUCCCUCUGUCUCCUACUGUCUCCUACUGUCUCCCACUGUCUCCUACUGUCUCCCACUGUCUCCCACUUUCUCCCUCUGUCUCCCACUGUCUUCUACUGUCUCCUACUGUCUCCUACUGUCUCCCACUGUCUCCUACUGUCUCCUACUGUCUCCCACUGUCUCCUACUGUCUCCCACUGUCUCCCACUGUCUCCCACUUUCUCCCUCUGUCUCCCACUGUCUCCUACUGUCUCCUACUGUCUCCAACUAUCUCCCACUGUCUCCUACUGUCUCCCAUUGUCUCCCAUUGUCUCCCUCUGUCUCCCACUGUCUCCUACUGUCUCCAACUGUCUCCUACAGUCUCCCACUGUCUCCCACUAUCUCCUACUGUCUCCUACUGUCUCCUACUGUCUCCCACUGUCUCCCUCUGUCUCCUACUGUAUCCUACUGUCUCCCACUGUCUCCCACUGUCUCCUACUGUCUCCUACUGUCUCCCACUGCCUCCCUCUGUCUCCUACUGUCUCCCACUGUCUCCUACUGUCUCCUACUGUCUCCCACUGUCUCCCACUGUCUCCUACUGUCUCCCACUUUCUCCUACUGUCUCCUACUGUCUCCUACUGUCUCCCUCCGUCUCCUACUGUCUCCCUCCGUCUCCUACUGUCUCCCUCUGUCUCCUACUGUCUCCUACUGUCUUCCACUGUCUCCUACUCUCUCCAACUGUCUCCUACUGUCUCCCACUGUCUCCCACUGUCUCCUACUGUCUCCCACUGUCUCCCAUUGUCUCCUACUGUCUCCCACUGUCUCCCACUGUCUCCCUCUGUCUCCCACUGCCUCCCACUGUCUCCUACUGUCUCCUACUGUCUCCCACUGUCUCCCACUGUCUCCCACUGUCUCCUACUGUCUCCCACUGUCUCCUACUGUCUCCUACUGUCUCCCUCUGUCUCCUGUCUCCCUCUGUCUCCUACUGUCUCCUACUGUCUCCUACUGUCUCCCACUGUCUCCUACUGUCUCCUACUGUCUCCUACUGUCUCCCACUGUCUCCUACUGUCCCCUACUGUCUCCCUCUGUCUCCUACUGUCUCCCUCUGUCUCCUACUGUCUCCCACUGUCUCCUACUGUCCCCUACUGUCUCCCUCUGUCUCCUACUGUCUCCCUCUGUCUCCUACUGUCUCCCUCUGUCUCCUACUGUCUCCCUCUGUCUCCUACUGUCUCCCACUGUCUCCUACUGUCCCCUACUGUCUCCCACUGUCUCCUACUGUCUCCCACUCUCUCCUACUGUCUCCCACUGUCUCCUACUCUCUCCCACUGUCUCCUACUGUCUCCCACUGUCUCCUACUGUCUCCAGCUGUCUCCUACUGUCUCCUACUGUCUCCUACUUUCUCCUACUGUCUCCUACUGUCUCCCUCUGUCUCCCUCUGUCUCCUACUGUCUCCCACUGUCUCCCACAGUCUGA